AUGUCAUUCUCCGACGCCACGACAACUCCUGAUCUCAAGUCUACUGCGGAUUCCAUUUAUGAGUCCUUCCGCUGGUUAGAGGAGGACAGUGACCUAGAUUUGAAGCUGUGCCUCGAUGACUACCAUAGCAACCUGCGAGGUCAUCAAGUGUCGGCUGGGAAGCACCGACCUUCGUUUAUACGGCACCUCUAUAUUCCCAAGCUUCCUUUCAGCAGCCGUGCUUCACCUACGUCAAGCCGACCAACUUCCAACGACUGCACUGCGAGCCCGCAACUGACGGCAUCACCCACUGCCUCAAUCCCGGGUUCACCUGUUCAAGGCCAUGUUCGCCGAAGGUCACGGGGCCUUUCUCUCAUCUCACCCAACAAGCAGCCAGUUCCUGACGCAUCCGUCUCGACUGAUUCUGCUGCAGCCCACUACCGUGAUCCGGACGCAAGGAUGAAGCUCCGGGUGUAUCUUGCCUCGCCACACAAGUUUGACGAGGCCGUUGAAUUCGGUUUCCCAUCGAUUGAGGAAGUGCAGAACGACCAAGACUUCCCGCCACAAGGGCAGUUUAACAGCGCUACAGAAAGGCCGAGUAAGUCCCUUGAAGAUGACAAAUCCUCGGUCUACAGCGAUGAGGCCUCUGCCAAGGACCCCGAGUCGCCUAGAACCCCCGAGAUGAUGGAGAAGCCUCUAUCGGCCAAACCGCUUCAUGUGCGUCAAGACAAGGACGACAUGGCAAACAAGGUCGAUUGCGCUCAAGCACCUACGGCAUGUCGAGAAAUGACUCUUCGUAUGACUUUGACGCGGCCCGAUCUUCGCGCAAAUGAGAACAAAAUUUAUGGUUGGCAACAGGAAUUCCCCAACGGACGCAGGUCGCAGACCAGAGACGAGCCGUUGUCGCCAAGGUCUGCCACCCGGGAAGGCGCCUCGAAAGAAAGCGUUGAGCGGCAGUUUGCCGCUUGGGAUCGAGAAGACGUACUGGCAAAUGACAAUGGCGUAGUGAAGAGAUUCUGGAACCGGGUGCGACGGUCAUAG